UAAAAACAUCUGGAAAACCAAGGACAUCCAAAUCAGAAUUGAAGUUUAGACUGCCACUCUUCACAAUGUAUCAGAAGCCACCAGAUGGAGGAUGGGGCUGGGUCAUUGUCUCUGCAUCCUUCUUUAUCCAGUUCCUGUGCUAUGGUUCUCCACUUGCUGUCGGUGUCUUGUACGUAGAAUGGUUAGAUGUCUUUGAUGAAGGAAAAGGGAAGACUGCGUGGGUCGGGUCUCUUGCUGCUGGAGUGGGACUGCUUGCAAGUCCCCUGUGUAGUGUUUGUGUCUCUUCUUUUGGUGCUCGACCAGUUGCCAUUUUCAGCAGUUUUUUAAUAGGCGGGGGUCUGAUACUGAGCAGCUUUGCUUCUAAUAUUUACUUCCUUUAUUUCUCAUAUGGAUUCAUGGUUGGUUUUGGAUGCGGCUUAUUGUACACAGCCACAGUGACCGCAACCUGUCAGUAUUUUGAAAAGCGGCGAGGACUUGCACUUGGAAUCGUCUCAACAGGUUCUAGCGUUGGCACUUUUAUAUAUGCAAGUCUGCAGAAAGAGUUAAUAUCUAUCUAUGGAAUAGAUGGGUGUUUGCUGAUUAUUGGAGGUCUGUCAUUAAAUAUAUUGGCAUGUGGCAUUCUGAUGAGGCCCUUGCCAGUAGUAUCGAGUAACAGACAAGAGAAAGCAGCCAUAGAGAAAGCUUCAGACACCUACCUCAUUUACCAUGAAAAAGAACUCAAUGCAGAGGAACAACUGGGGAUGCUUGUGGAGGAAAAGUCCCAUUCAUUAAAUAGUAACUGUAAAUCUGAAGCGGAUAAGACUACAACUCAGCCUGACAUAGAAAGGGAUAACAUCAACCAUGGAGCUCCAGAGAAACAAAGCUGCAAACAGUUAAUUAAAAACAAGUGUCACAGCUACCUGGAUUAUUGGGAAGACACUGCAAGCCUGUUCAAAAGUAAAGUGUUCGCUGCUCUUUUCAUAAACAUUCUCCUGUUUGACAUAGGGGGAUUUCCUGCAGGAUUUCUUUUGGAAGAUGUAGCCAAAAGUGCCAAUAUUAGUAAAGAAGAGAUGGCAGUACCCCUAGUAUUCAUCUUUGGCAUCACGAUGGCCAUUGGCAAGCUCCUCUUAGGCAUCCUGGCUGAUUUCAAGUGGAUAAAUACCUUAUAUCUCUACGUCUUUACUUUAAUUGCAACGGGUUUGGCAGUAGUUGCAGUCCCUCUCGCCAAGACAUAUGCCACCCUGGCAACUAUUGCUGGAACAGUAGGAUUUUUUACUGGCAAUUGGUCAAUAUUUCCAUAUGUAACAACAAACAUCGUUGGCUUAGAUAAACUUACUCAUGCCUAUGGGAUACUGAUGUUCUUUGCUGGUGUCGGGAAUUGCCUUGGACCACCUAUAGUUGGUUGGUUCUUUGACUGGACGGGGACGUAUGAAAUUGCCUUUUACUUUUGCGGCAUUUGUGUUCUUAUAGGAGGACUUUCCUUGCUGGUUGUGGCACUGCCAUUUUGGAAGACCUGUGGUACAAAUAAGGCGGAGCCAUUUGCAAAGAGUUACUCUUAUAAAGUAGCUGCCAGUGUCUGAGAGACUGAAGAACAAUGGUUCAUUGUUAAAUGAUUGAUGCUCUCCAAUAUACUGCAUGACAAAUGCCUUCUUCCUGGCCUGUGUACUGGUAGUAUUUAU